AUGGGUAGCGAACUAGACUACAAGACCUUUCAGCUGGGCGAUUUCAAGCUCGUCUCAGGCGAGACCAUUUCAAAUGCCUUCAUCGCCUACAAGACCUAUGGCCAUUCGUCAUCCCCUGCCAUCAUUUACCCCUCUUGGUUCAGCGGCCUAAUCUCUGACAACGAAUGGCUUAUUGGCGAAGACAAAGCACUCGAUCCCCGUCGAUACUUCAUCGUCGUCCCAGCCAUUUUUGGGAAUGGACAGUCCAGUAGUCCAUCCAAUAUUCCUCGAGCGUCCCCACUCAAGCCGUUUCCCAAUAUCACUGUGAAGGAUAAUGUCACAGCUCAAUACCGACUUGUAACCGAGGGCCUAGGCAUCCAGCACGCACGGAUGGUCUUGGGCUGGAGCAUGGGUGCUGGACAGACCUACCAGUGGCUGACCCAAUAUCCCGACUUUAUGGAUCUAGGCGUUCCCUUCUGCGGAAGCGCUCGCACUUCGCUGCACAACCAAGUCUUUCUCGAAGGCGUCAAGAGCGCACUACUUGCUGCUAAGGGGACUUCAUCGGCUGGUAGCGCAGCUGGUGAGUUGGCUAAGACGUACCGGGUGUGGACUGAAGAAGAGAAAGUUUCCGGGCUGAAGGCGUUUGGUCGAGUAUAUGCAGGGUGGGGAUUUAGUCAAGCCUUUUAUCGUUCUGCCUUGUAUGAGACGGAAUUGGGGUACAAGAACCUUGAGGAUUUUAUGGUCAAUUUCUGGGAGUCAUGGGCUCUUUCCAAAAACCCUGAGAACUUGCUUACUAUGCUUCAUUCGUGGCAAGCUGCAGAUUGCUCAGAUCAAGAACCGUAUAAUAAGGACUUUGAGCUGGCCAUGAGAAGUAUCAAGGCCAAAACGUUAGUCCUACCUGGCAAGACUGACCUAUACUUUCCUCCCGAGGAUUCGGAAUAUGAGGUACAAAACAUGACUAAAGGUAUUGGGGCGUGUAUUCCAUUCCCAUCCAUUUGGGGUCACUGGGCGGGCGGUCCAGGCGUGAGCAAACAGGACUUGAAGUGGCUAGAUGACCGUCUGAAGGCUUUCCUAGAAGAUGAAAAGUGGCAACUGGACGCCAGUAAUUUAUCGUAG